GUGUGGCAACACUACACCAUUCUGCCCCUGCCCCAGAGCAUUGAAAUAAUCUUUUGUGUCGCGUUAAAAUAUAUAAUAAAAGAAAAACACUCCGCCAAUUGUUACGAAAAAAAGAAAAAGUGCAAACCAAUUUCUCGGAAUUAAACAUAUAUGUGUAUAAAGUGCAAUCGAAGAAAAAUAAAAAAGUAAAAUGCAGACGCGACACCACUGAGAAACACUUUAAAAACCCCGUCGAUUUGUUGGCAACCUAGUUUUAAUAUAUAUCCCCCCUCGAAUUCAAUCAACCAACUAACAACCAGCAAACCAAAACCUUUCCGAGAGUGUCAAAUAAAUAAACAACAACAACGACGGCGACGACGACGGCGACCAAAGAACUAGAGAAAAACAGAAGCGCUGAGCGAACAUAAUUAUGUACAACAACGGCAAUGGGGCCAGGGGCUUCUCCAUACAUGAUGCUUUCGAGGAGGAAGAGGAGGAGGCGAUACGUGUCUAUGGUUCCACAGUUAUAUCAACGCCCAUGCGGGGUGGCGGCAGCGGCGGCGGUGGUAAACAAGGUCGAUCCACAGAAGAUGUCUCCAUACGCAUACAGGAUCCCAAGGGCUACAACAAAUAUGCCGAAGACACAACAUCACGGGACAGUGAUUCACUUAUCCAGGAAUAUGGAAAUCUACCAACAGAGGAGACCAACACAUAUUGCUGGCGGCAUCCAAAGGUCCGUGAGAAUUGGCGAACAGUUUUGGCUGCCGUUACAUUGCUUAUAGUUGGCACUGGAUUAUUUGUGAUGGGUACAUUUGCCAUUGCCGAUCCGCAGAAUACAUCGCAGGGUGUUGUAUUCUUUGUGGCUGGACUUAUCUGCUUUAUACCGGGAGCCUAUCAUGUUGUCUACAUUUGGUUGGCAGCAAAAGGUUAUCGAGGGUUUGACUUUUAUCACCUGCCUCUGUUUACAUAAACAACAACAACACCAACACCAACAAAAACAACAAAAAGUGUAUGCUUUUCUCCUCUUUCCCUUCUCUUUUCUAC